AUGGGCUUUAAUGGUCCAGGUAGAGGGAAAGGUAUCCCAGAUGGCCCCCAACUGAGCUCCGCAAAGCGCAGUACAAGGGGUGCCACCGUGGAUUAUUCAAACCAACUUAAAGUUUCAAAACGAGGAAUGAACGGCGACACACGAGAAGUUUCGGCCAAAAAGCCCAAACUUGAGAAAAAGAAGUCAGGAGCUCUGGAGUUGGAGCAUAGUCUCGUGGAAACAAUCACAAAUUUCAACCUCACAGUGAAUGAACUUUUCCAGCUAAAAGAGUACGGUUCCUUGGUGGAAUGGAAUCCACGAGAUUUUUCUCCAUCUAUCAAUGAGCAGAUUCCCGAAAUUCUCGAAUACUUCAUAGAUCAGAACGGAUACAAGCUCAUUUGGGACGAAGCCCUGCUCGAAGACAUGAACGAUCUUCCUUUGCGUCUUCAAAAGAAAAAGAUAGCGGAGAGGGAAGAAAUGCUUCGAAAGAAAUAUCCAUUCAUGGAAUCUGUCAUUGCAUCAAGUGCCAACAAGGAAUUGCGCUUGCUUGAUUUCUCCACGAAACGAAAGGUGGAGCCUGGACCCAGUAAAAUUCUGAGAAAACCUUCUAAGUCCAAAGUCAAGACAAUUCCCAAACAGGAGUCUGAAGAGGAAGUCUCAUCCUCUGAGGCCGAAGCUGAGGUAGAGGCCGAGGUGGACUCAGAAGAGGAUUACGAUCAUGAUAUCGAUACGAACUAUAAACUACAGAGGAUUAGCUUCACUGUUCCCCCACUCAAGAUAACGCAUCCGUCACAUAUCCCUCUGUGGCGCCCCCUGGAAGGCAAUGAUGACAUACGAGGUGGUGAUAGUGAAAGAGAAAUUACCCUCUUCGAUCCAGAACCCCUUCAAAUUAUAUCCAGCAAAGCCAACGAGUUUUAUGUCCCCACAGUCGAGGACAAAAUAUCCACAUUCCUUAAAGAAAAAUUUAAAGCUCCGAUAGUUGAUGAUGCCAAUCCAGACUACAACAAUACUCCUGAAGAGUUUGACAGUGUGCUAGAGAAUCAGCGUCAUCUUCUCAAGCGCCUAUACGAAAAGAUACUUGUUGAAGAACGUUUCGAACUCAAUGGAGAAAAGGUUGAGCGAAGAAAGGUCAUGCUUCCAAACAUCACAAACCAAAGACUCACUUCUGAUCCUUUCAGAGAAACAGGCUGCAUCGCACCGAAAAUCCAAGGUGCUACCAAUGACCAGACAUUUCAGGAUCACUUCGUCGAUCAAGGUGUCUCAUUUCUGAAAGUUCAUCAGCAAAUGAGGAGGCUGCAUCAAGCGAGGGCAAGAAAGGUCGCACAAAUGGUCGAUCAGCAUUUCAGGAGAAAGAGGGGUGAGAAGGAGAGAUUGGAGAAAGAGCGUGAGCAGACGCUUAAGAAGAUCAGUCGUCUUGCUAUUCAAUCGGUUAAAAAGCGUUGGUCUCAAGCUCACAAGGUCUACCGUCACAUCCAGCAUGCGAAGGAGGAGGAGCUCAAACAAAGAGAAGGAAGGGAGCAUUUGAGUAAAAUGCUUGAGCAUUCUACCCAGCUUCUCGAAGCACAACUCAACAAAUCACUGGAAGAUAACACAGCUGCCGAGGCUGAUUCUGAUGAUGAUGAAGAGGAGCAGGACUCUGAGAACUUCUCGUCGUCAGAAUCUGAAUCCGAAGCUGAGCUGGAUUCUAAUACAAUUGAUAAACCAGACAGUGAAUGCACCGUUGAGGAGCUCAGGAAGAAAUAUGCCGAUAUGGAAAGCUCGGCUGAGCCGUCGUCACGCAUGGAGACGGAAGAGGAACAUGAAGACGAAUCUGACGACGAGUCAGGUGGACUUGCUGCAUUAUACGGAAAAGAUGUCAAGGAACUUACACCGUCCACUCCAACAGAAUAUACCGAAGAUCAAAAGAAAUUGAUUGCUGAGCUUUCCGAAAAGAAGGACGAAAAAUUGCUGGAAUCAGAGCAGUCUGACGAUCUGAUGACUGAGGAGAGCUCUUCUGAGUCGGAAGACGAUGUGAGCAUGUCAGAAGGUGAGGAACUGGAAGAGGCAGGCGGGCUUGCUGACCUUUACAGCAAGAAAGUGUCUAAACACAAGGUUGAAGACAGCGACAGUUCAACGGUUGAGGAUGAAGAACCCAAGACGCCAACUUCUGAUGAGAAGAUUGAAGAGAUCAAUGGACUCAAAGUAAAGGACGUUCCUGUUCCAUCACUUCUCAGGGGAUCAUUGCGUCCUUAUCAGAAACAAGGUCUCAAUUGGCUUGCGAGCUUGUACAACAACGAUACAAACGGUAUUUUAGCCGAUGAGAUGGGUCUUGGUAAAACAAUUCAAACAAUUGCUUUGCUUUCGUACUUGGCCUGCGAACAUCACAUUUGGGGGCCACAUUUAAUCAUCGUGCCCACCUCUGUGAUGCUCAAUUGGGAGAUGGAAUUUAAAAGGUUUGCUCCUGGCUUCAAAGUUUUGACAUACUACGGCUCUCCACAAGAAAGAGCAAGAAAAAGAAAGGGCUGGAAUAAGAUUGACACAUUCCAUGUGUGCAUCACGUCUUAUCAGCUUGUGGUUCAUGACCAUUCCUCCUUUAAGCGUCGUAAGUGGAGAUACAUGAUCUUGGAUGAAGCCCACAACAUCAAAAAUUUCAGAUCGAACAGGUGGAAGGCAUUGCUCAACUUCAACACCGAGAACAGAUUAUUGCUUACCGGUACACCGUUGCAGAACAAUUUAAUGGAAUUGUGGUCCUUGUUAUAUUUCCUUAUGCCUUCUUCCAAGGUGGACCAGAUGAUGCCUGAUGGCUUUGCGAACUUUGAGGACUUUCAGCAAUGGUUUGGUAAACCAGUGGAUAAAAUUCUUGAAAAGACUGGCACGGGCGAUGUUAUGGACGAGAACGUUACUGGACGUUUGGACGAGGAGACAAAGAAUACGGUAGCACGCUUGCAUCAAGUUCUUCGUCCAUAUCUCUUAAGACGUUUGAAAAAGGAUGUGGAAAAGCAAAUGCCUGGAAAGUACGAGCACAUUGUUUACUGUCGCUUGUCGAAGCGUCAAAGGUACUUGUAUGACGAUUUUAUGUCUCGAGCGAAAACGAAAGAGACUUUGGUGUCUGGUAAUUUUCUUUCUAUUAUCAAUUGUUUGAUGCAAUUGAGAAAGGUGUGCAAUCACCCUGACCUUUUCGAAGUUCGUCCCAUUGUUACUUCGUAUGCAAUUCCGAAGAACGUAGCCAAUACGUUUAAGGUUCAGGAUCUGACUGUUAAAAAGCUUUUGACAGGCUUGCCAAGGAAUGAUAUCAACUUCUCCGUAUUGAAUUUGGACAUAGCCCAAAGUGACGAUCUUAACUGGUUUGCUGCUGAGGGUCGUGAUCGUUUGAAGUCAAGUAAAGAGAUCGAGAAGGAAAUUCAGUUCUUGGAUGAUAUCAUUGCGAAAGGUAAGGAAGCACAGGAUCCAUCUUACACCGACGUCGUGCAAUUGAACAAGUUUUUGAAAUUGCAAGAGCAAAUUGAGCACAGAGACAGAUUGAAGCAUUGGUUGUACCUCAACAAUUUAAGAUGUUCCCGCAAACCACUUUUCGGACUGUCCGUUCUUGACAGGUUGAAGGGUGUCUUUGUCCAGCCUCGCUGUGAGCUCCUCGACUCCAUGAUUUACGAUAUCCCAAGGAGAGCCGAGAUCAUGAAGGACACAAUAGAGAAGUAUGGUGUUGUGACGCCUAGUGUGGUUGCUCUCGAUAUGAAGGACCAGAUGAUUCCUGUUGAGACUCAAUAUGCUGUUCGUGCUGGUGUUGAGGAACGAGCAAUUACAAAUCCAUUCCAUCAAGCACAGGUCAAGCUCUCGAUUGCAUUCCCAGAUAAGCAACUUCUUCAGUUCGAUUGUGGUAAGUUGCAAAAGCUCGCUGCGUUAUUGCAGGAUUUGAUUCCAAAGGGCCACAGAGCGUUGAUUUUUACCCAAAUGACGAAAGUCUUGGAUAUCUUGGAGCAAUUCCUCAACAUCCAUGGACACAGAUAUAUGCGUUUGGAUGGUGCCACUAAAAUCGAAGAUCGUCAAUUAUUGACGGAGAAAUUCAACAGAGAUCCUAGAAUCCCGGUCUUUAUCUUAUCAACAAGGUCUGGUGGUCUUGGUAUCAAUCUUACUGGUGCUGACACUGUCAUUUUCUACGACUCUGACUGGAAUCCCGCUAUGGAUAAGCAGUGUCAAGAUCGUUGUCAUAGAAUCGGACAACUGAGAGAUGUGCACAUUUAUCGUUUCGUGUCUGAGUACACCAUCGAGUCCAACAUUCUCAAGAAAGCCAAUCAAAAGAGACAAUUGGACAAUGUUGUUAUUCAAGAGGGUGAAUUCACAACUGACUACUUGGGCAAGUUCUCCGUUAGAGAUUUAGUGAACGACACGAGCAUCAUUUCUGAGUUGCCUGACAACCCAAUUGGCGACAGUGCGAACGUUGAUAUUUUAGCGCAAGCCGAAGAUGAAGCAGACCGUAAUGCGGCCAAGGAAGCCAUGAAGGAAGUUGCCGUUGAUGACGAGGACUUCAAUGAAGAAAAUAAAGAGGAUCCCAAAGCCAAGGGACCUCGUGGUGUUAAGGGAGGUAACUUGGACGAUGCAGACUACGACGAAGGCGUGGGUCACAUUGACGAGUACAUGUUGCGUUAUAUUGCAGAAGGGCACUAUGCCGAAUGA